UUCGGAGGCCCUGCGAACAUGGCGCUGGCAGUGGCCCGGAGCGUGUGCGCCGCAGCCUGCAGCCUGCGCACAGUCCCGGUGCCGUCCGCGCCCUGCCUGACUCGGCCCUGGCGGCUGCGGGCCGGCGCCGUGCGGACCCUGCGCACCGGAGCGACUGCGCUCGCGGUGCGUAAAUUCACAGAGAAACAUGAGUGGGUAACAACAGAAAAUGGUGCUGGAACAGUGGGAAUCAGCAGCCUUGCACAGGAAGCUUUGGGAGAUGUUGUUUACUGUAGUCUGCCUGAAGUUGGGACGAAGUUGAAAAAGCAUGAUGAGUUUGGUGCUUUGGAAAGCGUGAAAGCUGCCGGUGAACUCCGCUCUCCUCUAUCAGAAGUCACUGAGAUUAAUGAAGCACUUGCAGAAAACCCAGGGCCCGCCAACAAACCUUGUUAUGAAGACGGCUGGCUGAUCAAGACGACAGUGAGUGACCCUUCCGAGCGAGAUGAGCUCAUGAGCGAAGGAGCGUGUGAGAGAGAGUGA